UCCUUGUCUACUCCGCUAUAAAAUCAAAACAAUGUACAUAGUCCGAUAAAAAAAUAAACAUUGUACUUGGUCAUUUGGGAUAUUGGCUAAGCAUAAAUAAAUGAUACUAUAACAAGAAGUGAGGUACUCUCUUCCUCACGUGUGUGCAUACAUAUUUUUGUCGUCGAUGCUGUCUUAACUUUCCAAUUUUUUUGAAUAUGUGAGACUGCGAUCCUUUCAUUUGGGGAUUGAUUUCUAUCUCUAAUCUCUGCCUUUUUACCCUUUUUGAUUUUUUCCUCCAACUCAUUAUGCAAGCAAGCUACCGUGGACAGGGUUGAUUAAUUACCAUGCAUAUCUAUUGCUGUCCCUUGGGUUCACGCAGAGCUGGGUUUUGGAAUUGUUGCAAAGAAAGAAAGUUGUUUUUUAAUGCUAUUCUGUGAAGUGGAGCUAGAGAUGGUUGAAACACACUCGCAAGUUUUGUGGAUUUGUUAUUAGAAUUCAGUUACUACAAUAUUCGGAUUGGUCUAUUGCUUGAUUGUUAAGUUCUUCAUACCAUGCCAGUUGUUCAAAAGCUAUAUGAUGCCUGCAAGGCAUCCUUCUCUUCUGAUGGUCCGAUUUCAGAAGAUUCUCUCGAAAAAGUUCGAGGUAUUUUAGAUAAUUUGAAGCCCUCUAAUGUGGGUCUUGACCAGGAGGCACAAUUGGCACGUCAAUGGAAAGUUUCCAUGAAUGUUACCAAUGGAAAAAAAGGGCGUCGCAGCAGUAAUCAGUACCCACCCCCGAUUACAUAUUUGCACUUGCACGAAUGUAACAAAUUCUCUAUAGGAAUUUUCUGCAUGCCACCUGGCUCUAUCAUACCACUUCAUAAUCAUCCUGGAAUGACUGUGUUGAGCAAGCUUCUUUAUGGCUCAUUAAAUGUGAGAUCAUAUGACUGGCUUGAAAUACCUGGAUCUGCCGAUCUAUCUCAAGCCAGACCUGCAAAACUUGUUAGAGAUUGCGAGAUGAGUGCACCUUGUGGUAUAACUACUCUUUAUCCAAACAGUGGUGGCAAUAUUCACUGUUUCAAAGCCUCGACUCCCUGUGCACUCUUUGACAUUCUUGCACCCCCCUACUCCUCAGAAGAUGGAAGGCACUGCUGUUAUUUCCGAAAAUCCCCUAGGAAAGAUCUUCCAGAUAUUGCUAAAUUAUGUGGUAUGAAACCAUCUGAAGUGGCUUGGUUGGAAGAAAUUCAACCUCCUGAAAACGUAGUGGUUCUGAGGGGGUUGUACAGGGGCCCCAAUAUUAGACGGUGAAAGGGUUUUUGAACCACACGUAUCAUACAUUAGUCAAAUUGGUUAUGAGGAGCCAAUGAGGUGAUUGCUGGCACAUUGACUGCCAAACACCAUGACAAUAAUGCUGGAAUGCAGGCAACAAUGACUGGCAUUCCUACUGUGAGGUAUUUGAUUGUACAUACAUUUCUCCUGUAUUGGCUUGGAAAUGAAUGCCGACAAAAAAUCUUGUACCCAACAUACCCGUUGCUAUGAUUUUUCAUUAAUUGUAAUAAGCAGUGUUCAGAUAUUAUUUCUUGAUCUGAGAUCUUGACUGCACAGAAAAGUUCUGUUUUAGAGUUCCAUUUCGGUUUGGGGAAGCUUUGUUGCUUGCAUGUUUUGUUUGAUUUCUGCUCUUAGUACAACUUGUAGCUGGUCUUCUGUCUGUGAA